UUAAUGGGUCUGUCCUCGAUUAUGGGUUCUAUCAACAUUAUCGCAACCGUAGUUAACCUGCGCGCCCCCGGCAUGACGUAUAUGAAAAUGCCGAUGUUCGUAUGGACCUGGUUGAUUACCGCCUUCCUGUUGGUGGCAGUUAUGCCAGUACUGGCGGGUGCGGUCACCAUGAUGUUGAUGGAUGUUCACUUCGGUACCAGCUUCUUCUCUGCGGCUGGUGGCGGUGAUCCGGUAUUAUUCCAGCAUAUAUUCUGGUUCUUCGGUCACCCUGAGGUGUAUAUCAUUAUCCUGCCGGCGUUUGGUGUGGUUUCACAGAUCAUCCCCAC